GGAGCAGGGCUCCACCCUGGCUGCAGGAGCUGCUGGACUGGGUGCUCUGCUGCUCCUGCCCAGCUCCAAACUAAUUCCCUCCCUACAGUUCUGUGAACACACGUGUUCAGUGUGAAAAAUAAUUCUGUCUUGGUCAGAUGAAGUUUCUUUUGAAACAGUGUUGUCGAUUUAGCUUGUUGCUGUUUAAGUAUUUACUAAUUUCUGAUGUUCCCAAAGUAGCUCCCCUGUGCUCCUUGUUGCUUUUCUUUGAAUUUUGAUAGGAUUUUGGCUAACUGCUUUCAGCAUUUUACUAUACAGAUGGCAUCGUUUUUGUUGUGUAGGAGUUUCUUGUGCCAGCCAGAGAAAGACUAAAUGAUAUUUUAAAUAGGAAAACAAAAAGAGUUGGCACAAGGCUCAGGGAGGAAGGAGUAUGUUUUGAGUGCUUUCACUGAUCUUAAAUUUCCCAUCUUUCAGUUAGCUGGGUUUCUUUUUUAAUUUGCAGUUGUUAAAAUUCAGCUUGAACAACAUGCACACAGGUCUUGGAUCUUCCUGACACACAGAAUACCAUAUAGAAAUUUUCUACCCGAGAAAAAUAUUCUAAUGCAGGAUCUCCAGAGGUGUGUCUAGGGAGUAUCUGUAAUAUUUGGAGUUGAAGGCCAAUCAAAAUACACAAUUACUGCUUGAAUAUUUUCCUUUUGAGGCCUCACUGGGAUGCCAUUUGCUAGUUAAUUCUAGCUUUUCCUGCUGGUCCUCCCACUCCUCCUGCAUUAUCCCUAUUACAAUACAAGCCUUUCCCUCAGUCAGAGCAACAGUGCUCUUUUUCAUCUACUCUGUCAGCCAGAGAGUUUUCACAGUGCUUAGAAAGCUCUGGAAGCAAGGAGGGGUUUUUUUUAAAUUUGUUUUCAACCCAGCUUUAGCAGAAAGCAGAAGUGAAAUGGAACCACGAGAGAGUCAGCCCUGCAAUCGUUCUGAGUAUUUGGUUUAAUCUUGAGGUGAGAUGUAGCUAUCUGACUUCACUUUUUGAAGCAGGACUCCCUUAACAAUCCAAACCCAGUCACAGGAGAUUCAGAAAAUCUAUGUUUGAGGUGUGUUUUGUAGGAUUAAAGAGGGAAAUGUCUCUGUAUAUUUAGAAUGCUUAGAUAGAAACAGUGCAGCCUUUGGUCUUUAAAAAUCAAACCAGCUACCAAACAGUUUCCUACUGUUUUGUAUUUUAGUUCUACUGGACACAAAAACUGUGACAGUACUGAAAGUCACAUAAUAGGCACAUAACACUUCUUUUAUACCCAGUUAUCAAGCUGGCCCUAAAACUGGCUUUUUUUGUAUAUAUCUGGUUAUUUGUAGAAGAAUGUCCAUUACCUGUUCCCUUAACUGAGUGUUUUUAGAUGGAAGCAGAUUUCCGCAGAUGGAUGUUUGUGUCUGGCAAGAGUUGUAAAAUAGAAAUACAUUCCUUUCUGUUCUGUUUUGUUCUUUACAAGCUGGACACUAAGAGCAGGAAAGGAUUUUUGGUGCCCAAGAGUCCAGAACUCUUAGCAGCAGCUGCUGCACUGCAGAAUUAAAGCUGGGAGUUAUCUCCUCCUCCUCCUCCUCUUCUCCGCCCCACUCCUCCUCCCAGCCUUGCAUUCAGGCUGGCGCUGGGAUGAGCUGUGCCAGGCCAGCUGGCUGCUCCUCUCACUAGAGCACUGCUGCCCAGCAGCCUGGGACAGACUGCAGGGUGUUUUUUGGGGAGUUGGGCUUCAAUGGCCACCCGGACUAGCAAGAAGCAAGGACUGCUCAUAUGGACAGCUCAUUUUUAUCGUGUGCAGAGUCGGCUUUGUAGUGGGAUGUUGAAAUAUGACACAAUGCCUGUUUGUUUGCAAUAGCUGCAACUCUCGUAGCAGAGAUUCAAGUGGGAAACAGAGAGGGAAUCCAGAGCCAAACCAGCGGGGGAUUUAGGAACUGUGACGCCGAGUCCUCUCUCCUAUACCGGAGCAAGCAAAGGAAAGAGAGGUAGAGGAAAAAAGACUGAGCCUUGCAACAGCCGUCACCCUGACGAUGUGUCAGUCAAACACCCUGCAGGGACCAGAGCUGCACACAGGGAAAUGGUGAGAUGCUACAAAGCUUUAUCUAACCCUCCACCCUCUUGCUACAACCUCCGCAAAGUUAAAAUUCAUGUCCGGAGGCUGCGUUCAGGGAACGGCGGCAGCAGCAGCUGUGCCGGGGACCAGCACCCACAGCUGGAGAGUCCAGGCCCAGCUGGCUCUGCUGGUGGGACACCAAGUAGGAGAACUCGUUUCAGGUUGCAAUUCCCCCAGCUGGCCCUGAGGCGAAGGUUGGGCCAGCUGAGCUGUAUGUCUAGGCCUGCUCUGAAACUCCGUUCUUGGCCUCUGACUAUUCUCUAUUACCUUCUGCCUUUCGGUGCUCUUAAACCCUUGACCAGAGUGGGAUGGAGGCCUAUGAGCAGGGUUGCCCUGUACAAGUCGGUCCCCACGCGGCUGCUCUCGCGAGCCUGGGGCCGCCUGAACCAGGUGGAGCUGCCCACGUGGCUGAGGAAGCCGGUGUACAGCCUGUACAUCUGGACCUUCGGGGUGAACAUGAAGGAGGCAGCUGUGGAGGAUCUGCACCACUACAGGAACCUCAGCGAGUUCUUCCGCAGGAAGCUGAAACCGCAGGCGCGGCCGGUGUGCUGCGUGCACAGCGUGAUUAGUCCCUCUGAUGGAAAGAUCCUUAAUUUCGGACAGGUAAAAAAUUGUGAAGUGGAGCAAGUAAAAGGCGUUACUUAUUCUCUGGAAUCUUUCUUAGGACCUCGCAUCUCCACAGAGGAAAUGCAUUUUAGCCAGGCCCCACCUGGUAACUCUUUUCAGAAACAACUGGUCACAAAGGAGGGGAAUGAGCUCUACCACUGUGUAAUUUACCUUGCACCAGGGGAUUAUCACUGCUUCCACUCGCCCACAGACUGGACGGUGUCACACCGACGGCACUUCCCAGGCUCUCUGAUGUCUGUCAAUCCUGGAGUAGCUCGCUGGAUCAAGGAGCUGUUCUGCCACAAUGAACGGGUUGUCCUUACAGGUGACUGGAAACAUGGCUUCUUCUCACUAACAGCUGUAGGAGCAACAAACGUGGGCUCCAUCCGCAUCUACUUUGACCAGGACUUGCACACGAACAGUCCAAGUUACUCUAAAGGUUCCUACAAUGACUUCAGCUUCAUAUCCAACAACAACAAGGAGGGAAUCCCCAUGAGGAAAGGGGAACAUUUAGGGGAAUUUAACUUAGGCUCUACAAUUGUACUAAUCUUUGAGGCACCCAAGGACUUCAGAUUCAACCUCAAGGCUGGACAGAAAAUCCGCUUUGGAGAAGCACUGGGCUCUCUAUAGGAACUGUCUCAGCAAGAAGAUUUUCUAUAAAAAGGGACUUUUUUCACACCACUGAGUGUUUCACUUAUCAAGUUUGUAUCACUCAGCAGGACCUGGGUGAGGAGGAAGAAAGAUGUCACUGCUGCAUUAAACUUGAAAAUAUUUGGUCUACAUUUACCUGCUGCUGAAUGUAGAAACUGAAUUGAAUGAUCAUGGAUGUAUUGGGUACAGCUGCCUUUAACGAUGUUGCCCAUGGUGGUUUCAGGCCCACCCUGUGCCUGUAGUCUUUCAUGUUCUGCCCUGAAUGUGCCACAGGAUAAUUAUGUUCUUCUUAGAGCCUCUAAGUCCCUUUUAAGCCUUGCUAGGCAGGUGCAGUAGGAAAGGGUGGAGGUAGAGAUUACCUGUAGUUAAAGGGACACUGACAGGCUGAGUCAGACCUUGUACCUUGUAUCUACAGAAUCUGAUUUACAGACCUUGAGUAAAGAAUAUAUUCUCAUAUUUAUUUUAUUCUAAGAAACUCCACCCAAAUUACUAGAUAAAAGCAGUCUCUGAAUGCACAGAUGGCCAAACAGUGAAAUUUGCUGGUGUGGCUUCGUGGCCCAAACAAAGCAAAAUGUACAACAGUCAGUCAGUACAAUGAGUGACACUCAUCCCUCAUCCUGAGUUUUGUACUGUUAAAAAACUUUAAUUCUUUUGCCUGACAUUGCUGCUUUAAAAAUGGCUUUGCAGUGUAUUUUAAACCUGAAAACAGUAUCUACAUUCCAGACAACAGAACUUGUCAUCUUGCAAUUUUCUUUUCUUUUUUAAAGACAGACAAAGCUCUGUGUCCUCUUCCUAAUCCAUGGUUUUAUUUUGCUAUUCCAGGCCUUAAAGUUUUUGUUUUUAUGAAAGACAGUUAACUUCAUCUCUUGGAUUAAGGAGUUAGAAGACACAGGGCAUAUUUUUGCCAGGUGAUGUGAUGGCAACUAAAGUGUGCUUUUCCUUUCUGCUAUGUAUCUUGUUACUUUGUCACUAAAUUCUUGAAGAAUUAGUUCCUCUGUUAAAGGACAGCUUCAGCUACUUCAGGACCAAUUUUUAUUGUACAGAGUGAAAUGCCCUAUGCACUGACUGUGUUUAAAAUAUUUAUGGCUUUUUAAAGAAAUCCCGUGUUGCUUCCCAGGUGCCAAUCUGGCCCUCCCUUGACUGGGCAACAACUUCAUCUUAUUCAAAAUACAAAACAAAAAAACACACUGGCUCUGACUUGUACCCUCAUACUUAAUGCUAGGAAUGUGCUGGGGGCUAAAAUCUUUGUGCUGAAGCUUAAUCCACUGUAAAAUUUUAAAGCUUCUGCAACUUCACAUCAAGAAGAGUUAAAAUCUAACACUUUGGAUCUACUGCAUGUGGCACUGACAAAAACCACUGCCAAAGUGAAGAGGAAUUGAGUUUUAAAGCAAUGUAAAUUGUUUUUUGAGAAUAAACUGUUUCAAGUCCCAGCACUCAAACAUGAUUUUGCUAUCCAGAGCUUGUUGGAGUGGACACGCUUAUGAAACCUGCCUUUGUGCUUUCUGAAAGAUUUCUCCUACUACUUCCUUGCUUGAGCUACUUUUCUGCUACUUCAAGGAGAUGACAGGCUCUGAUCUCCUAAAGAAACCCUUCUUUGUAUGCACUGCAGAAAAUAGAAUAUAAUUUUGUUGUACAAAUGUCCAGUUUGCCAAGUCCUGUAUGCUUAGCUUGUCAUCGGGAAGGAAGGGAUGAUAAACUGCCUCUAAGUGAUGUAGCCAGGCAUGAGUCAGAUGAGGGUGGCUGUUUGGGUGACAAGCAGGAGAAAAUUCAUUUGGCUCCAGGAGUCAGUGUUUCCUCACACAGGGAGGAGUUUGAAAGCUUGAAGUGGCUCUCAGCCACCUAUCUUGUUAAAGUUCUUGGUAUUAGCAAGUUUACUCCUGCAGCAGUAUAGUACCAGAUACAAGUCUUUUUAAAGCUUUGAGAGUGAGAAAAGAGUAAGGCAAAUAUCAGCUCUGAGAGGAUAAAGUUUGGGUGAUCUUUUUGAUUAAACUUCAGUGUCAUGUUAACAAGAGAAAGCAAAUUUGUUCCAGUGGAUGAGAGAAAAAGACAACUGAAUCUUUUCCUUCUUUUCCACUGGGUCUAUGACAUCCAGACAGAGCCAAAGGAAGUUUAAGCUUUAAUUUCUUCCUACUCAGCAGCAUCAUCCAUAGUAUCUGAAGGUACAUAUUAGCCUAGUGAUGGAGGAUGGGUUGCUUGAUGUUUGCUUUAUUAGAAACCUCAGAAGGAAGAGAGGAUUCAGCAUGCAAGUGGCUGUUUAUGGUGGUUUUAAUACUGUGCAGAGUGAGCUAAUAAACCAACAUUGCUUGUGAUGCAGGGGCCAGCAAUGCACCCCAGGAGUGAAAAAGUUCCUCGAGGGUACUGAUAAUGCUGUGAAUUUCUCCUGCAUGGAGAAUCCAUUUAAUUCAACUGUAUCAGUAGCACGGUAUUUUUGUAUGUCAAAGUGUAUGACUUACUGACAUGAACUCAUUUAAUUGCAAACAUUUUGAAAUAAAGAGUCUUAUCUGUGUUGCUUAU